GAUUAUAAUAGUGAGUGGUGUGGCACUGGAGUUCCCAGCAGGGACACCUGAUAUGGAAGCUGCUUCAGGAUGAAUUGGUGAGGGAGCAAGCCUAGCAGCGACUAAUUCUGGUGCUUUGGGGCUGGGUACCCGAUCCCCAUCUGGAGUGUUUCUGCCGAGUUGGGCUGAGUCGGCAGGCAAAACAUUUGUAUGAGGGGCUGCAAUACAAUCUGCCCCACCGGAGGCAGAUUAGAGCCAGAGGCACUCGAGAAAGCCAUAACAGCGCCAAAAAUAAAAGUUCCCAGGUGGAAUGCGAGAGAUUAUGGUAAUCUUUGACGGUGUGAGCGUUUUCCCUUUCUUGUGAAUGGCUUGACCAUCAGUAGUUCGGAAGAUAAGAACCGACUACGGGCGGAUAAGCUGCGGCGAAGCUAUAAGUGGACCUUCGGCAGGUGCGACGCCCUCAGUUGUGCAGUGAACGACGGCCAUGAAAGGAAUCGUGCUCUUGCUGCUCUGCAGUGCGCUGGUCGCAUCUGCGGUCAACCUGCCAGGUGUGCCCGUGGACUUCGAGGUGGACGACAAGGUGCUGUCCGCCAUUGCGGACGACGUGGCGGAUCGGCUCGCGAAGGAAUACCUCAACUACAUGAAGACGGGUGUGGAAACGCCGGCCUUCAAGAAGCUGACCGCGCAGUUGGCCAAUUCGCACAGCCAAAAGGACAUUUUCACGCGGAACCUGCCCGAACUGGAGACGCGCGACAGCUUCUUCGUGUGCGUCGCCUGCCGCUCAGUGAUGCGCGUCUUUGCCAAGACUAUCCGGGAGGAGGACGGUGAACUCCACGGCGAGGACAGCGCAGAGUUCAUGAAGAAGUUCGCCAUGGACUUGUGCAAGCGCCUCAACCUGCAGACCGAGGAGGUGUGCGAGGGUCUGAUCGACUCCAACCUGCCCAGCGUCGAAUACAUCAUGCGCAACUCUGAGAUUGACUCGCAGAGCUUCUGCUCGCUGUUCAUGGAGUUCAGUUUCUGCAACACUGGCUCCAACCAGGAUUACAACUGGACACUUACGGUGGACUCCACAGGCGAGGCCAUCACCGGCCCCAAGGCGGACCCCCCUCAGGCCACCGAUUCGGACAUAAAGAUCUGUCAUUUCAGCGACAUCCACCACGACCCGCUGUACGAGCCCGGCAGCCUCGCCUCCUGCGCUGAGCCCAUGUGCUGCCAACGGAACCAGGAGACGGCGCAGGGGACUAGCGAGGCAGCAGGCUUCUGGGGCGACUACCGCGACUGCGACUUGCCCUGGCACAGCUUUGAAUCGGCCCUUGAUCAUGCCGUGGCUACUGAGAAGUGCGACUAUGUCUAUCAAACCGGAGACAUUGUUGAUCACAUGGUCUGGGCCACAUCUGUGGAGAAGAAUACCGAAGUGCUGACCAAGGUCAGCAGCCGCCUAAACGAGGCAUACCCCGAUGUUCCCAUCUACCCCUGCAUAGGUAACCACGAGCCCCAUCCACUCAAUCUCUUCAGUCCCGAGGGUGUGCCAGAAGAGGUCAGCACCAAGUGGCUGUACGAGCACCUGUACAACGACUGGUCCAAGUGGCUGCCGGUCGAGACCAAGGAGACGAUCCUCAAGGGCGGCUACUACACUGUCUCCCCGCGCCAGGGCUUCCGGAUCAUUGCCCUGAACAGCAACGACUGCUACACGGACAACUUCUGGCUGUACCACAGCGGCACGGACAAGAUCCCGCAGCUGCAGUGGUUCCACGACACUCUUCUGGCAGCGGAGAAGGCAAGCGAGUAUGUCCACAUUCUCACCCACAUCCCCUCGGGCGAUGGCACCUGCUGGUCAGUCUGGGCCCGCGAGUUCAACAAGUGCAUCACACGCUUCCGCGGCACAAUUAGCGGCAUCUUCACCGGCCACUCGCACAAGGACGAGCUAUUUGUCUACUACUCGGAGGAGGGCCAUGCCACCGCUGUGGCUUGGAACGGCGGUGCAGUGACCACCUACUCCGACAAGAACCCCGACUACAGGGUCUACGACAUCAGCGCCAAGGACUUUGGCGUGCUCGAUCACCGCACCUACAUCUUCAACUUAACUGAGGCCAAUCUGACACCCGAUAAGCAGCCCGUGUGGUUCUUGGAGUACGAGUUCGCCAAGGAGUUCACACAGGACACCAGCCCAGCAGGCAUUGACAAACUGCUGGAUGAGUUUGCCGAUAAUCCGCAGCUGAUAAGGAAGUACUGGCGGUUCCGGGUGACUUCUGCCGAUCCGCAGAUUAACCGCGGCUGCGAUCGCGACUGCCUGGCCGGAUCCCUCUGCCGCGCCUCUGUGACUAUCAACAACCAGCGCGGACGGUGCGAGGAGCUCCGGGAGCGACUGUUUUUGGCUCUGGACAACGAGGAGACCACCACACCAGGUGGCGAUGAUGACGAUGAUAAUGAUGAUGAUGGAGCCUCUACCCUGGGUCUGCUCAGUCUCGGUUCGCUGCUGGCUGUAGCUCUGUCCGUUCGACUUACCUUCUAACUUAUACAUUUAUAGCAUUUAUAAGCAUAAGUUAUAUAAUUCCUUUGUGACUGUAUCCCAAUCCAAAUCCCCACCAAGUGGCAUAUAUAAGUAUACGCUUAUCCCUAUCCAA